AUGGCCACCAUCAAUAUUCCAACCCACGUCAUCCCUCCUACACAGGGACACUCGCACACCAUCGUCUUCCUCCACGGACGGGGCGACAAUGCCACAAAUUUCUCCCGCUCGCUGUACAGCUGGCGCGACUCCCAGAAGCGGAACCUCUUCGAGGUCUACCCCUCCUUCAAAUGGGUCUUCCCCCAGGCCCCCCCUCGCCCAUGCGCCAGCUCGCCGUCUACCAUCAUGCCGCAGUGGUUCGACGUCUGGAAUACAAAGGACUUCUCCGAUAAGGAGGAGCUGCAGGCCGCGGGCCUCAGGGAGGUCGUCACCGUCGUCCGGGACAUCAUCAAGGGCGAGGCUGCGCUUCUAGGAGGGGACUUUCGUCGCGUUGUGCUUGCGGGGAUCAGCAUGGGUGCCGCUACGAGUAUCCACACGCUCUUCAACCUGGACGUACCCACCGGGCUGGGCGCCUUCAUAGGGUUCAGCUGCCGCUGCCCCUUUGCGGGGAGGAGCCUGGCCGAGAUGCGGGAGGUCUUGCAGGUGGGCGGGGCUCCUGCUGAUAAUGGAUUUCUUCAGAAUACUCCCGUGCUGUUGGAGCAUUGUGCUGAUGAUCCGUUGGUCGUGGUGGAGAAUGGGCGGAAGAACAGGGAUAUCUUGAAGUCUUUUGGGGCCAAUGUGGAGUGGAGGGAGUACCCUUCAGGUGGCCACUGGCUUCACUCCCCUAACGGUGUGGACGAUAUCAUCAUCUUCUUGAAUUAUUACUUGGGCGGCGGAGGUGCUGGGAACUCGGCUUCGGCUAAUGGUGACGCGAUGGAUAUGUCGUGA